CGCACUGCCACUCCCGAGCUGCUUCCACCAGAGGCAUGGAGCUAGGCCUCGCGCUCCGGCUCGCCGCGCCGCCGCCUUGUCUCUCCCGUAGAGCUGCUCCACCGCCACCGCGUUCGUUUCCUCCGUGUGCGUCCCGAGAGAUCUGCACCCGCGCCUCGACGCUUAAGUGCAGGGUUGGGGUUGUAUCCGGUGGGAGUAUGGCGUACUCAGCAGUGGAGGAGGAGGAGGAGGAAGAAGAAGAAGAAGAAGCGGCAGCGGUGACGGCGAGGCCGCGUCUGGAGCUCAUCGAGAAGCCGGACCGGAGCUUGUGUCUGCUCGACGAGUACGAGUCGGAGGAGCUAGGCACCUCUCAUUGUGCCAACCACCGCAGCGGUUAUGUUGCUGUAUUGGGAAAACCAAAUGUUGGUAAGAGCACCCUGAUUAACCAAAUUGUUGGUCAGAAACUUUCGAUUGUGACCGACAAACCGCAGACUACACGGCACCGCAUUCUUGGUAUAUGUUCUGAACCAGAAUACCAGAUAAUACUUUAUGACACUCCUGGUGUUAUUAAAAAGGAAAUGCAUAAGCUAGACACAAUGAUGAUGAAGAAUGUUAGGAGUGCUGUUGGCAGUGCAGAUUGUGUUCUUGUUGUUGUUGAUGCUUGCAAAAUGCCUGAAAAGAUUGAUGAAAUGCUGGAAGAAGGCGUGGGAAAAAAGGAUACUGAACUUCCAGUACUGUUGGUACUAAACAAGAAAGAUCGCAUAAAGACAGGAGAAAUUGCAAAGAGACUUGAGUGGUAUCAGAAAUUCACUAAUGCUGAUGAUGUUAUACCUAUAAGUGCUAAAUUUGGGCAUGGAGUGGAUGAUAUCAAGGAGUGGAUAUUGUCAAAGCUCCCUCUUGGGCCUGCUUACUACCCGAAGGACAUAGCUAGUGAACACCCUGAGAGAUUUUUUGUGGGGGAAAUAGUGAGGGAAAAGAUUUUUCUUCAAUACCGGCAGGAAAUUCCAUAUGCAUGUCAGGUUAAUGUUGUAAGUUACAAAAGCAGGCCUACCGCCAAGGAUUUUAUCCAAGUUGAGAUACUCGUCGAGAAGGAAUCACAAAGAAGCAUUAUACUUGGGAAGGAUGGGAAAGCGAUAAAGAUGUUGGCAACAGCAUCAAGGCUUGAUAUCGAGGACUUCCUACAAAAGAAGGUUUAUCUUGAGAUAUUGGUCAAGGUGAAGGAAAAUUGGCGGCAGGAUGAACUUCUUUUGAAGCGCUAUGGUUAUGGAGGGGAGAUCCGAGCACUAUGACUGACGGUCAGUUCGUUCGUGAUGGCACGAGUUUGCAAGCCGAACAAGUCGCAGCGUGACGAGAUCAGCAAUUGUUCUUCUGCCGAUUCAACGGCGACCACUAAAAUGUCAAAACGUGAUUAUGCUCUGUGCGGGACAACGAAACCACGAAAUUUGACUCCACGCCUCGCAAUGCGUGCGGCCAACGAAUUUCUCAAAGUCAAAUUGAUACGAACGGUUUGUUCGACGGGGGCUGAAAGAACA